ACUAGAGAUGUCCAAAACCGGAAGUUGCAAAAUUAUAGUACUUGAAAAUAUCUUCCCUGAUCCGAUUUUUACAUUGUAUAGUAUAAAGCUCUUACAGAGUUAUCAUUUCAGUUGAUUUAGUGACAAUGGAGUGUCGGUACAUAGCGACCCAUUUCCUGAUGUGGAUUGGAACUUUGUAUGUUGUGAAUUCUCAAGUCACCAACACCAGCUUAGCAUCUCUCUCACUGGAUGAAUUGGUGAACGGAUUUCGUUUUCAGCAGUUACAACUUUCAACAACUAUGAUGAACGCCAGUCUUCACGCGAAUCUUCCCGAGAAACUUGCUGCGGCAGAAGCCCAAGAGGCGGAUCAAAGAGAAGCAAAAGCAUUUAGAGCUUUCCAAGAGUCACAGACGCCCUUUAUUGCCACAACAUCCCGCUACAACUUGGGAUACAUAGGUCGUGGGUACGAUUUGUACAAAGGAAACCCACUCAGCGACGAAGGGGUGGUGGAUCAAGGAUUUCGCCUCCCAAUCAUGGAUUUGCCUUAUACCCACAAGUUCACUGCAGACGGAGAAUACCGGGUUCCGGAUAAUGUAGAUGUUAUUGCAGAGUCAAGUGCCAAGUUUGGAUCCUCUCUCUAUUCAGUUCAGUCCGAGUCUGACUACAAGAGCAUGCUGAGCGUCGACGCUUCGGUAAACGCUGGAGGAGGUGGGUGGGGCCUGAGCGCUAGCUUCAGCGCUAGUGCGUCUUAUCAGAAAAACACACGGGAAAUUCAAAAAGGAGAGACGACGACUUUAAGCAUCGUAAGCCGCGCCGUUGUUUACAGAGCCCGAAUGUCCGAAACCUCGAAAAUGUCCAAGGUCACAGACUACUUUGAGAAAGCAGUCAUGCUGCUGCCGAUGGAGGAUUGCGAGAAGGAUUCGCUUCAGGAGAUGUACCUGAAUUUUAUUGGGGAGUUUGGGACCCAUUACACAACUCAGGUUGUCAUGGGAGCCAAGGCAGUGCAGCAGCUUACCUUCUCUAAAUCUGACCUGUCAAAAAUGGAGUCCGAGGGAAUAAGUGCUAAGGUUGCUGCACAGGUAGCGUACAGCGGGUUCGGUGUCUCGGCUGGUGGAGGAUUCAGUGUGGGAACUGCCUCCAAAGAGGAGUCCAAACAGCGUGUGCAGAACACUAACAAAGAACAAUAUGAAUACUAUAUUGGGGGGAAUCCCCCGGCCGGGGAUUUCUCUUCCGGAAGUACCGAGAGUCUACGAGAGUGGGCGAGAUCUGCCGACGAGAAACCGGUACCGAUACAGUAUAGGCUGACGUCUAUUGACACACUGAUGAAACCUGGGUAUUUUCGAGACAUUACAUAUGGUUUGUUUGAUAGACGCCGAUGUAUGCGGAAAGCUCUAUAUUCUUACUGUAAACAGACCGUGUCGCCUUCCCUGUGCAACCCGCCUGAUGAAUCAUCCAGAAAUCUGGGGUCUAGACGCAAAAGACAAGCCAGUGACAUCCCUAGUGCCAUCGACAGCAUAAAGUUCGGAGAUUUUGUGACUCUUGAGAACAGGAAGUCCAGGAAAUAUUUAGCGUUGUCUUCCUCCACGGGAUACUUAAGCGGGACCGUCACAAAACCAUUAGUGCCAGUUGAUAGUAUACAAAAUUAUGACGGACUCUUCCAAAUCAAAUCGAGUGAUAACGACCCUACAACAUUAGGAACUCCACUAGUGUAUGGUCAGAGCUUCAAAUUGGUACCUGUGGAGGGCGACAAUAUGUUUACUGGAAGGUUAUUUAUUGAUGACAUCAGCAAUACUGCAGAGAGUAAACUUCAGACGGCCUUUGGUGGACAUGAUGGUAGAAAAUUUUCAGCUCCAGGAGAUGUGACCGAUUUCUCUGUAUUCCUUAAGAUGGAUAAAUAUCGGUCCUAUUUGAUAAGCUUGCAAAUAAGUUGUGGUAGACGAUACUCUUUACAGUAUCAAGUUAAUCUUGAGGGUCUAGAAGGAACUGUUAAGUUUCAGAUGACGAAACUCUGUCCGUAUUCUUCGAGAAACACAAAGAAAUGGUAUCAUGGUGCUUUUGCUGACAAAGACAUUGGUCAACUCCAGAGAGUUCGCUUUAUGGGGGCAUCUGGAACUGAACCUAUCACGGGUAUUCAGAUACGAACCGGCCAGGAUCGUCAAAUUUUGAAUUACAGGAAAGAAUACCUCAGGUGUGUGGGAAACGAAGUGAAUUUCACCAUGUCUACUCCAGAGCCUAAACGAGUUGAUAUUGAAAUAUACCCAGCCCAGUUCUCAUUCCACAGCAAGAACUACCCGGCAGGAAGUGUCGUCAGACGACGGGACACCGUCUUUGUGGAGGUUGUGUCUGCUGUAGACAGGAAAUCUUUUUGGGGUCAACCAAUUUCGCAUUUAUUGUCGAAUAAAAACCAAGUUGUGACCAUAUUAGAAACGGGACCUGUUGCUCAUAAAGCUAAGAAAGACUGUAAUGAGAUAAUUUUCCCGGAUAAUAACAGAGUCGGUGUAGGAAACAGCUUAGACAAUCGUUAUUUCGUCUCGUUUGCUGUAGACAUCAUGAUUAACACUAUUUCAAUCUGGACCAAGAAGGGAUUUUCAGCGGCUAACUUUAAAGUCGAAUAUAUCAACAGGAACAGUCCAAGUUUUCAACAACUGCAAAACAUUAUUCGAGAUCCCACAACAGGAACCGUAGAGAAAAUGGUCAUCACAUUACCGAAAAUGUACUUGUCUGCAAUCAAGGUUUACGUGGACGGGGUGAGCGAUUUCGCAGAGAACGUUCAAAAUUUCCUCGUCACUGGCUGUCUUGGUGCUCUUGUCGAGGAAAAACCACAGGACACGGCUGCAGAGGAGUGGGAACUACGACAUAGCGAAAAUCAGAUCCAGGCGUAUCCAUAUCUGAGGAUUGUAACAACGCAACACAACGAGUCUACUUUUGACAGGAUAUUCGAUGAGUUGGAAAAACCGAUCCCCAUGGAAAAUUACAGGAAGGAUAUACCCCUAGAGCCCAGCCAAAGCGGAUGCACAGUGGACGAUGAAUAUAUCCAUAACUAUUUGAUGACCACAGACGAAAUCGAAGGACUCAAGUUUCAAAAUACUCGAGUCUACACGACAAUGAACAUAAUAACCAUUACCACGUCUGUAAUGGCGAUGAACAGGAUUAUGUACGAGCGGAAUAUGCCAGCGUUAGAUAGCCUGCUUCGUAUGGCCAUACAGCAAUAUCCCUGUAACUCCCGGCAGACGGCAUUCGUCGCUUAUCCACAGUCUUCUGCAGAAGGAUCUGGCAUAUCCCCUACUGCCAUCGCAGUGAUUACUGUCUUCGGGAUUUUGGUGGCUGUUGCAUUGGUUUGUGCGACUAUAUUCGCGACGAUUAGACUUAAACAAGGCAAAAGAGACAAAAUUCUUGAUAUGGAUCCUAUGGUCGAGCAAAAUAUCUAUCAAGACGAUAGUAAACAUGAGGAGCAACUGUAUACUAACAGAGCAUUUGAGGAAGCGAGGUCGCACCCCGAGGCCUCUCCUGCUGUCCCGUCCAGACAUAGGCGCUUGACUUAAGAACUGAAUUACGGUGCAGACCAUACAGAAUUCUAAAGUGAAAACAUUUCAAAUAAUAACUGGAACUUUGUAAAUGAUGACUCAAAUUUGUUAAGAGUUGAAGGUUUAAAUUCUUUCGAAUUGCUUUUGCAAUUCAACAGUGAGCAUUUAUAGGUAUAAUCAAAUUACGUCGACUGAUACAUGUGAAUAAAUGGAAAUGAUUUAUCUUUCAUAUAGAAAUAUGCUAUCUAUGACUUUUAUAGAGCUCUAUAUUCAUUUGUUUUUCAUAUGCAAAAAUGAAGAAUAUUAUGAUCUGAUUAUGAAUAAAUCUGCAGCUGUAGCCAUA